AUGAGGAAGGAGGAGGUUGCCUCUGUUGCUGCCAAGCCGUCGCUGGCGGGGUUGGGUUCGCCAUCGCCGUUGAGCUGUGUGCCGCCGUUGGCGUCUGGAUCGCCAUUGUCCUGUUCACCAAAAUGGACUUACACUUACCUUGAAGCAGCUUGGUCUGAUCAUUGGCAAAGCGUGGAAGGAAGCUUGUGCUACUCUUCAAAAGCUCCUUUCAGCCCAAAACCGCACUUCUCAGUCACUUGCUCUGCCUCUUCUUCCGAUCCUCUGCUGGUGAAGGCUGCCAGAGGAGAACCUGUUAUUCAGUCCCCAAUACACUCUGAGGAGGGACUAAAGGCUCUGCAUCCAAUUGACCUGGAAAAGCUCAGUUUUAUUGGAGAUUCACUCAAGAAACUACGCAAGGAGGUUGGUGGUGAUGCUUCCGUUUUAGGUUUCAUGGGAGCACCUUGGACAAUAGCAACAUAUAUAGUAGAAGGGGGUACAACACGCACCUAUACAACCAUUAAGAGUAUGUGCCAUACAGCACCACAUUUAUUGCGGACUCUGCUCUCUCAUUUGGGGCAAGCAAUAGCAGAUUAUGUUGUUUUUCAAGUGGAGUAUGGGACUCACUGCAUACAAAUAUUUGAUUCAUGGGGUGGACAACUACCACCUGAUAUGCGGGAACGCUGGUCAAAGUCUUAUAUCAAAGAGAUUAUAGAUUUGGUCAAGAAAAGAUACCCUGAGACACCGAUUGUUCUUUAUAUAAAUGGAAAUGGUGGCCUUCUUGAGCGUAUGAAAGAUACUGGAGUUGAUGUUAUUGGGCUGGACUGA